GUAUAUAUGUACAUAUAUUUGCAACUAAAGGAGCUAAUCACAACAGCCGAAGAACGUCAACCUCCUCCCUCACAUCUAUAUAUCCACAAACCUAGAAUCAACUCCAAGUUUUCAAUGGAUCUCCCAAUUUCAGUAUACCUUCUAGCCCUAUCUAUCCUACCUACCCAUCCACUCUUUCUCGUAACAAAUCACACUCUUCGUACCCAUCAUCUUAACAUUAUAUAAAAUUAGCCGCCAUAUAUCUAAAGCCACGAACAAGCCAAAGAAAGCUCCCCACACUUAUCUCCAUCCAUCUACUCAUUCUCAACUAACCUUAAACGUAAACUGACCGGCCUCAUAUUUCGCAUGGUUGAGAAAAUAACCUUAUUUUCAACCAUAAUCUCCAUUUCCAACUUUCCGUCUUACUAAACUGUCCAUCAUCUCCAUCAUCACGAUAAUCAUCAUCAAAGAGCAAUUUCUAAGCGCCCAUUUGCCAAGAAAAACUCAUCCACAUUUAGAUCCUGGCGGUAACCCGGGGAAUCGGGCUUAGCGCUUGCGACAGUUCGCUCGCUGGGUUAUUGACAAUAUCCCUUUGAUUUUCGCGAGUUUCGAUGACCGGAGUGAUAGUUAUGCUAUAGCAGGUGCGGUGCCGGUACACAGUACUGCGGAAGGGAGAUCUUGGGAUAUUUCCUGCGACCUUGAUUGGAGCUUGAAUCUCGACGUUAAAUUUAACCUUAUAGGAGCGGGGCUGGCAAAUAAUUUUCACAGGGUUGGUUUGAUGGAAUUGACAGAUCUUCCACGGAUCCUUUGGGGGAGGGUUGAUUGAGAAUUAUGAUAUUGUUUCUCGACUAUUGAUAUCUACGAUGAUCCAAUAAGAAAUAUUAUCAAGGGCUAGAAACUUCAUUGCCAAUCACCCACCUCCAAAAAGAUCAAUACGACUUGACGGGUUGCCCGUAGAGCGCUUGCUGAAGCGCUCGUGGAAUUUCGCCUUGCGAUUUUCGAAAUACAUAUCACGUUAUAUUCGCAUUUUACCUUCACAAGACCAAACUAAUAGCCUCAUGACAAGGUCGAGGGAAUUAGCCGCAUAUACGUGAAAGCCCAGAACUGCGUACACGAUAAACGAUGCGCAAUACGAAAUUGCGGCUCGUGGAUGAUGCAAAGCCGUGCUCAGCCAUGCGUGCAGACAGCGGAGAUAUCCAAAUCGGUACGUGUGUUACGUAUAAUGGAAAUGGAAGUUUUACGAAAUCUGGAUCCUGUCAUCGCGGGUCUGGCUUAGUCGUGAGGAUUAGAGAGGAGAAUAGUUUCAUGUCAAUGAUGUUGUGUGUUGUAUGUAUGUGAUGAUUGAAAGGCUUGGAGAUGAGAUGGAGAUGUAUAUAAGGUGUUGAGAUGAAGCUGUCGGAAUUACUUUCUACAUCAUCAACAUCAACAUCAACAUCAACAUCAUCAUCAUCAACAGCAUUCAAUCCAAUCUACAACAACCAUCCCAUAUCUUCACCACCCAACAAUCACCCACCACCAAACCAUCAAAAUGCAAUUCACCACCAUCACCUUCCCCGUCCUCGCCCUCUUCUUCACCAACACCCUCGCCAUGCCUUCGAGCCCCAACACUGUGUCCCUCGCUUCUCGAGGCGAUAGUUGCUACGCCUCCUGCUCUUGCUCCAACGUCCUUCCCUCUUGCCAAGGAGCCAAGGUAGUUGGACAAACCAGCUGUCGCUGCGACGGGCAAGCCGGAACUUGCGAUUUGGUUUUGUGUCCCGGAACUAGUCUUAAGAAUGUGUUGGUUUGCGGUCAAGACGGUACAGGAUGUGUCUGGCUUUAAGUAUUUGCUGGAUGCGGACGAUCUCUCUUCUCUUUCUUCGCUUGGAUAAGUAAUGGGGGAUUUUGAAUUGGAGUCUGGGUGAGCUUGAGGGGGUUUCGACUGUUUUCACACUUUUUCUCUCUUGGGUACGACAACAGCGACCAUCAAAAUCCCCUAUCUCUCACCUGCAAGAAAGAGAAUACGAAAUGCAAACUGAGAGAUUGAGCAAAACAGUUGGCGAUCAGAGGAUGCUGUAUGAUAGAUUUCCUUUUUUAUGUUUCCUUGUUUUCAUGUGUGUUUGGGAUGAGAGAAGAGAAUAGGAUUAGAAGUUGCAUUUCUCAUGUACUGGAUACAUGGAAAUUGGUUGCUUUAGAUAGAAUAUAAGAUUGCCUGGGCCCGGGUAUUGCUUACCA